AAUAGCAAUAGGAGCUUUAGUAGUGUAGUUAUACAGCACGAUGGUGGUUGCGUUACGAAUUGUUUGUGUUUUAGCAGUUUUCUGUGGAGCCCUGCAGGCUGCUCCAACGGUCACGUACGAUCAAAGGCAACAAGGUGAAUUCAAUCUACAAGUGGACAUAGACGAUGUCGCCAUACUAUUGCUGUCAAGCGACGAGUUCGGCGAAAAAGCUAUACUGCAAGGCAGCAAUAAAAUGCAUCAAAUAUUCGGGCGCCGUCACGGUGUCAAAACGAAAAAAAAGCAUCACAAGAAACCCGUAAACUGCACGACAACAACGGUUAACCCGGAAGUGUCCUACAGUGAGUUACCGUCAACAUACCUCACGACAACAUCACAGGGAUACGAAGAACUGUACUCAACGUCGACUUCGAGCCAAGAAAAAUUGCAGGACAUAAUACCCACGGCUGCUGCAUCGCCCGUGUCCGAAAUAAACAUUCAGACCGAUCUUGCAGAUAGUCAAAAAAACAUCGCGAAUAGUGACGAAUAUUCUGCAACUACAACGCCGAGUAUAGCACCAAGUACGUUUGAGGAAAAAGUUCAUUUAGAGGAAACUGCAGGUAGUUUCGCGGCUAACUCUUCUGAAAUGGUAGCUGUAAAAACCGUAGAAAAACCUACGGCAGUAGCCGGUGCCGUCGAAAUCGAUAAUAUUACAGCAACUAUUGCGACAAAAACAAUAGAAAAAUCUACAAAUUUAACAAACUUCCAGGCAUCAGAGAUUUCAAACGGUUCGAAUACUGACGUUAAAACAAUUGAGACGCUUUCGACAAAUUUCGAAGAAAAUCCCGUAAGCGUAUCAUCCAAUGUAAAAAUAGUAGAAAAAAAUACUAAUGACGAAAUUAUUAAAGUCGACGAAACCCCGACAAAGAACAUAAACACCAAAGUUGAAUCAAAUGAAAUGACUACCGUAAAAAAAAUAGAAACUGUGGAAAUUGAGGAAAUUAAACCCGCCGAGAUGAUCGCUAUAAAAAUUAUGGAAAAACCUACGGACGACGGUGCAAUACACGAAAAACUUGUUGACAAACCCGUAGUGGACACAUCGCACGUGAAUGGUUUGGGUACGUCAGUAAAUACGAAAACAACUGACGAACCUACAGAAAUGAUCGCUAUGAAAACUUUAGAAAAACCGAAAUUUUCCGAAGCCUUAAAAGUCGGAAAAAAACCUAUGGACGCAACUGAUACAAUUAAAGCUGCAGAUACCCAAGCUGGUAAAACAACGUCAGUAGAUUUGAGAAAAAGUCCUGUAGAAUUAGUCGCAAUGAAAAAAAUUGAAAACCCACAGACUGCUAUAGGGUCAAUAAGUAGUAUAGAAAAGUCUGGAAUUACAACGAGUACUAAGCUGGUGGAGAUACAAGAAGACACAAAAAUGCAGAGUAAACCGUCGGUCGAAAAUAUAGUCUCAAGGUCUGCUCCAAAACAAACGGAAACGAUCACCGCGAAGACAGUGGAAAAUUCGACGACGGUAAAAAAUGUAGUUUCCGUGAAAACUGUGAUUAAACCUGGAAUUCCAAAAUCUACACUGUCAUCAAAUAGUUCCUUGAUCAUGCGGAAGGUAGGCGACCGUAAACCGUUGCCUACAAUGACGUUAGAAGUGGCAACUCCAAAAGUAUUGUAGGUAAAAUGUUUGAUGAUUAUUGUAAUAUUUUGAAAAUAUUGAAGAUAUUUUGUCAUAUUAUAUUUAAAUAGUGUUUAUUUUGUAAGUGCUGACCCGGUAUAAAUCAAUACUCGAAUGGCCGAAUUACACAAUCUGAAUACCUAUUAAAUUGUAAAAAUCAAAACACGUUUUUAUGAGCUUUAAAUAUUUAUAACAAUUA